AUCUAUGUAACAAAUUCACAACUUUAGACAACUAUUCAGCAAGUAACACGCACAUGUUGUAAAAUUCGACUACCGCACAUACUUUUACAUAUUUUUUAUACAGAUGGCGAAAAGAAUCCGAGUUUUACUAAAGGCACCACGGCCGUGCUUUCGGAGAGCAGCAGCAGCGGCUGCAGACUGAGUCGCAGUCUGUGUGGCAGCAGCUGGGAAUGUGAGCCUCAACCAACACCGCUAUUUUCAGGAGUCCGGAGGAGGCUCCACUGUCUCGUACUCAAUGCAUUCAGCGCAAUAACUCUUAUCCAGAGCAGAGGGGGGGGCGCUGUUUUUGGACGUAAUUUCGAUAUCACAGACAUUUUCUGGUGCUUCUCACUCACUGCGGGGCUGCGUGUGAGUGGAAACCGCGUUUGUCAACUGUCAGCUCACGUCUGCUGGUAAAUAAUAACCACAACAAUAGUGCAGUAAAGUGUCGCACGUUAAAGCGUUCUAGUCGUAAUAUUUUCCGGUGUUUUGUGCUCAGUUUGAAUGUACCAGUGUGUGCCAACGCUGCCAAACAACAAAUCACGCCGACGACCAUGGAGUGAAACCUGCGAGCGAGCCAACAACCUGCCGUGAUCUCUGCCUGUGAAUAAUUAAAUGAUAGAGGAUACGAUGACCCUGCUCUCUUUGUUGGGUCGCAUUAUGCGUUAUUUUUUGCUCAGACCUGAGACCCUGUUCCUGCUGUGCAUCAGCCUGGCUCUGUGGAGUUACUUCUUCCACACGGACGAGGUGAAAACCAUCGUCAAGUCCAGCCGGGAUGCGGUCAAAAUGGUCAAGGGGAAAGUCGCGGAGAUGAUGCAGAACGAGCGCUUCGGCGGGCUGGACGUCCUGGAUGCAGAGUUCUCCAAGACCUGGGAGUUCAAGAGCAACAAUGUGGCCGUGUACUCCAUCCAAGGCCGGCGUGACCACAUGGAGGACAGGUUCGAGGUGCUCACCGACAUCGUCAACAAGAGUCAUCCCUCAAUAUUUGGUGUUUUUGACGGCCACGGUGGAGAGGCUGCUGCUGACUUUGCUAAGGCCCGACUGCCUGAAGCUCUGCGCCAGCAGCUACUGGCCUACGAACGGGAGAAGGAGCGAGACAAAGACAAAGACAAGGAGAAAGAUGACAAGAGGGAGAGAGGAGGUCCCUCCUAUCCUUCCAUCUUGGAGCAGCAGAUCCUAUCAGUGGACAGAGAAAUGCUGGACAAGCUGUCGGCCACCUCCAAUGAAGCAGGUACCACUUGUCUGGUGGCCGUAGUGACCGAUAAGGAGCUGACGGUGGCCAACGUCGGAGACUCGCGUGGAGUUCUGUGUGAUAAAGACGGCAACGCCAUUCCUCUGUCACAUGACCACAAACCCUACCAGCUGAAGGAACGCAAGAGAAUCAAGAAAGCAGGUGGCUUCAUCAGCUUCAACGGCUCCUGGCGAGUCCAGGGCAUCUUGGCCAUGUCCCGUUCCCUGGGCGAUUACCCUCUGAAGAACCUGAAUGUGGUCAUUUCUGAUCCUGACAUCAUGUCCUUCGACCUGAACAAGCUGCAGCCAGAGUUCAUGAUCCUGGCGUCUGACGGCCUGUGGGACACCUUCAGCAACGAGGAGGCGGUCCGCUUCAUCAGGGAACGAUUGGACGAACCUCACUUUGGCGCCAAGAGCAUCGUCCUGCAGUCCUUCUACCGUGGUUGUCCUGACAACAUCACUGUCAUGGUGGUCAAGUUCAAGAGCAAGUCCAGUGAGCACUAGACCCUCCAUCUGCCAUACACAGCAUCUGUAAUGUGUCUGUGUAGGUGUAAAAUGAGAGUUUUAAAAAAAAGCCUGUACAUUUUUGUCAGCAGUAACACUUUCUGUCACAGACGAUUACAAAAGUCAACCUUCUCAUGCACAUUUGCAAAAUCAUCAUUUUCCCCCUUUGCCAUAACUUUGAGAAACAAGUGAGAGAUGAGGUGCUGUUAUGCAAAUGAAGAGAUUCAGCUUUGUGUGUGUGUGUGUGUGUGUGUGUGGAGGGCACGGGGGUAAUGAUGAUUUUAAUUUGUAUAAGCAGCAUAGAACUCCAUUUCAUCGUGUUAAAAUGUGAGGUCUUUUCACUCAGCUUUUGUCCAUUUGUCCGUUUCCAGUCUCUGUGUCUCCUGUCCUUUGACAUCUCUGUUGUCUUUAUUUUUCAGACAGACUUUUCUGUUGUUCUGUCAUUGUCAUUGACAUUACUACGUUAAUGUGGUUCGCAUGUUGUUCUAUGGUCAAUAAAGUCAGUGACAAACGUCGAUGUUCAAACUUCAAAUAUUCAUCGUCACACGUCAUCUCCGUUCUGACUGUCUCGAGAACUGAGCCAUUCAUUCCCUCUCAAGUAAGUUUAAUUGUCGCCCUCUAGGGGAGACGCGGCGUACGCUGCUCUUCUCUGCUCAAAACCUCCAGCCCCUUUCACACAGACACAGAAAAGAAUGAAAUGGUAAAAGUUGAGUCAAUAAAUAAAUGAGGAUGAAUAAAUGUAUAUUAUGAAUGUCAAGGAUUUUUUAUUGUAAUAUCAGAUUAUUGAUUCUCACAGACAAUUAUUAUUUUGGACCAUUGAAAGACAUGUCAUUUUUUUUGUUUUCUGAUUAUUUUCACAUUUCCACUGAUUGCAAAUCAACACAAACUAUAAAUACUCUCCAACUGAUGACUCACUGUUUAAAUUUCCUUCACCCUGUUCAUUUGGACUCAAUCUUCUUUUCCUUGAACUGUGACUCAAACGUUCAAAAAAAAGUCUAAAUGGAAUGCAUUAUUGUUGCCUUAUUUUCUUAAGAGUUUAUUUCCUGUUAUGGAGUCCAAUGCCAAAAUUACUCCUCAUUUUUUAAUAGAAAGCAGUUGAUUGUAGUGUGUUAACUCGAGUGUGUGUGUGUGUGUAGAAAAAGAUUGUUGAUAAAAAGACAUGAAUGUACAUACUGUCCUAGUGUCGCUCCCGUCCGUCCCUCCAGUGUUUAUACAGAACUGUGCCUGGCCCCGGGUUGUUGAACCACAGAGAUAUAAACCAGAUAUUACUUUGAGUUUUUCCUUCAUCAUGAAUGUUUAUGUGGCAUUUGUACUUGUUUUAUGUUGACUUUAAUAAAGUGUAAAGAAGAAGAUGCAGACAAUUUUAAAAUGUCAUUCAACAAAGUAACAUUAAAAUCAUAACUGAUUAUU